AAGACGCUGAAUUUGUCUCUCUAAGUGGCUUCUCUUUGUUCCCCUUAUGAGCGGAAGUGGCGAUGGCGAUGGCAGCGUUAAAGUUGUUGGUGGCGGUGGUGAGUCUGUUUUCAGCGUUGAGCGUGUGUUGGACGCUGAAGAGCCAAGGCUUGGCGGUGGUAGCGUUGAGAGAGAGGGUGGUCAGAGACCCGUUGGGGGCUUUAUCGAGUUGCAGUGGCCAUGAUCCAUGCUCCUGCUUCGGUGUCCACUGCUCUCGCGGUAAUGUUGUUGCCUUGAAUUUAAAAGACCUUUGUCUCGAAGGAACACUGCCACCAGAAAUUGGAAACCUAGCUCACAUAAAAUCAAUCAUUUUGCGCAAUAAUUCUUUCUUUGGAGAAAUUCCCAAAGAGAUACUACACUUGAAGGAGUUGGAAGUCCUUGACUUGGGAUACAACAACUUUAGUGGAUCACUUCCAUUUGACCAUGCCAAUAUGCCAUCCCUCACCACUCUUUUAUUGGACAACAAUUACCAUCUAGCCAACUUAACUCCAGAACUUCGGAUGGUUUCUGAAUUUGAUGGCAAUGAAAACCAUCUAACCGACGCCACCACCAGAGAAUUAUUUGUUGGCAGAUGCAAUUUACGGCACACUGGCCAACAUGGGGAUAUUGCAUACAGGAGGCAACUUCUCAUGCCAGCAAAUGCUGCCAAUACACCUAGAAUCCAAGGGGAUGUCAACCAAGGGAAGCUUAAACAAUCAGCAUCACAUUUUCCUUCUUCAUUACCACCAGAUUUUGAGCCUUUCUCAUCAUCCCCAUCAGAAAGCCCUUCAUAUUCUCCAGGAUCAGCUCCAAUAUCAUAUUCACCAUCGCCAUCUCCCUCCAAUAUUUUUUUCACUCCUUCACCUGUAGUGUCACCAACUCCAGAUAUAUCACCCACAGCAAGCACACCUCUCGCUGUGUCUACACCACCAGAGAUUAAUUGGAUUCCAGCACCUAGCCCUUCUCCAUUUUCUAACCAAGGGAACACAUAUAGUUCCAAUCCAAUGCAUCAUUCAGCAAUAAUGUGGUCUGCAGUAGGGGGCUUCUCCUUAUUGGUUUUGGUGUCAGCCAUUAUUUUUGCUUGCUUCCAAACUAGGAAGGUUGUGGCUGUUAAACCUUGGUCCACAGGGUUGAGUGGCCAACUGCAAAAAGCUUUUGUAAAAGGUGUGCCAAGUCUUAAACGAGGAGAACUUGAAGCAGCUUGCGAAUAUUUCAGCAACAUCAUUGGUUCUCUGCCUGAUGGAACUGUGUAUAAGGGGACACUCUCCAGUGGAGUUGAGAUAGCUGUAGCAUCCUCUGCAGUGAUCACAGCUCAAAACUGGUCAAAAAGUAUGGAAGCUCAAUUCCGAAAGAAGAUAGCGACAUUGUCUAGAGUGAACCACAAAAAUUUUGUGAAUCUUAUUGGGUAUUGUGAAGAGAAUAAGCCAUUCUCAAGAAUGAUGGUGUUUGAAUACGCACCAAAUGGAACACUCUUUGAGCAUCUACACAUUAGAGAAGCAGAAGGACUAAAUUGGACAAUGAGAAUGAGGAUAGCUAUGGGAAUAGCCUAUUGCCUAGAGUAUAUGCAUGGGUUGAAACCAUCCAUUGCCCAUAGAAACCUGCAUUCUUCCUUUAUAUACCUUACUGAAGAUUAUGCUGCUAAAAUAUCAGAUCUUAGUUUAUGGAAUGAUAUGUGUGCUACAAAGAAUGGGUCUGCAACCACACAACUCUUGGAAACAUCAUCAGCAGACACCAAGGACAAUGUUUACAGCUUUGGAAUAAUAUUGUUUGAGUUGAUUACAGGGAGAAUUCCUCAUGCUGGGGACAAUGAUCUUCUGGAAGACUGGGCAGCAGAAUAUGUAAGGUGGGGGAAAUCCUUAAGAGAUGUUGUGGAUCCAAGACUGAACUCUUUGCAAGAACAAGAGAUUGAGGAAUGGUCUAAAGUGAUAAGAAAUUGUGUACAUACAGAUCCAGAGAAAAGGCCAACUAUGAAAGAAGUUACAACUAGACUCAAGGAAAUCACAGCUAUGGGGCCUGAUGGAGCAAAUCCAAAAGCAUCACCACUUUGGUGGGCAGAAAUGGCAAUUACAUCAACUGAUUCAAGCUGAGACAUUACUAUUAUAAUUUUAACCCAAAUAAAAGUGAAAUGUUGUAUUGUACAGUUACUCAAAAUUUGGAAUUCAUGCACUUUUGAUAUAUUUAUGUUUAUACUAAUGUUUUCUAGACUAUUCUUUUCAAGCUUAAAAAAAUUGCAUGUAGAGAGAACAAAUAACUUUUAUCUCAUUGUAGAGGGAUUGAUUUUUGUUGAUGUUUGGAGUGAAAGAGGGUGCACACCCUUUUGAAUAAUAUUUGGGAAACAAUUGUUGGCCGU